GAUCAUCAAUCGAAUGAUUGCAUGCUGGAUGGACUGCACAUUUGAAUUACAAAUUUUUAAUUUUAAUUGUAGUGUAAUUACAACAGCUGCAAGCACAGAAAGAUGAGAACCUUAUUCACUCUACAACACUGUAAAUAGCCUACUAUAGUUCGCUGUGUACUAAAAUGAAAGCUGACGGUGCUGAUACCAGUAGUCAGGAAAUCGAAGCACCAGGGAAGAAGACUGUUGUCGCCAAGAUCCAUUCAUGGCUAGCUCUCACAAGGCUCUAUCUGGGCGCAGCGUCAGUGGCGAAUCGUUGACGGUGUCCAUUGACUUAUUGGCAGGUUCUUGCCAGCUAUUCACAGUCACUCGCAACAACGCUUCGCGGAAUCUUCGGGCGGCCUUCACGGUAGCAGUACUAGCUUCUGUUGGCACAAAUGGGCAGGUGUGGUGGAUCAACGCUUCACUGUUACUGUGUGUGACAGUAUUCAUCCUUGACAUGGCUAAAGUCCAAUCCGAGAGUCUGUUGGUCAUUCCGAAUGUGGGCCUUCUGCACACUGCUCAGCGAUCGCUGGCGCUGUUGCACUCCAGUACGUUUGUGUCUUUCCCGGAACUGCGUCAUCUCAUCCUCAACGAAGGCAUUUCCUUGCACCGUGUUCUUUUCUAUUUGGCUUUGGUGGUGCAGUCCGCCGGUACGACCCAGGCAUCUCCUGACCCUGCUGUUGCGCCUAAACUCGUGCCAUUGUUCACGCAUACUGCUCCAGAGUUGGCCCUGCUGGAGGAGAUUUUCAUUGGCGUUCAGAGAAGCAUGGACUAGCAGCCGGCAUGCGCUCCAUCUGCUGCAGCACCAACAGUGGUAGCGGCCAAGACGGCCACUACACCAGGCUACGUGCAGUAAAUAAUGCCACCACAAAACUUUGCUCCGCUGGCGGAUCUUCCCAUCCUUUCCUUUCUGUUCGCACACUGCUGGGCCAGUGCGCACUGCCAGUAUCCUCUAUUCAUAAUAUCCAUAAUAUUUAUUGAAGCCCAGCCGUCAGUUUAUAUGGAACAUGAUAGCAUCACGUUUUUUAAAGAACGGUACACACACAACACUGGCAUAAUCUUGCUUGUAGUGAGUGCCCGUCUUGAUCUCUCCGUGCGUUUCGCAAGCACUUGACAGCAGCACUCAAACAGAAAACCAGUAUUGAAUUCCGCUUUUCCCACUCGCAAACUUUAUUUAGACACACAAAAGUGAUAUAUGCAUGAUUCA